UUUGUAUUUUAUUGCUGUGUUAGCCGUUAACUUAUUUCUGUCGUUUGGCCUUAAAGUUGAUAUGACCAGAGAACACUUUUACCAUGGGAAAAGUUUAUUUUGUGCACAACUCCAGUGUACAGAAAACAUAACAGAAGACACUCAGAUGUCAGCUCUUGUCAACAUGUCAGUCUAUAGGAUCAAUGAGUCUGAAGGGAAGAUUUUGUUGGCGUCUAUUUCAGGAUCUGAUUCAAAGGUUCGCGAUUAUAAAAUAUCUGGGAUAUUAUCUGAGGGCAAACUUUCCAAACAUCACGGAGAACUGGUCUUGUCUUUCUCCAAUACUUCAGCCUGUAAUUUACACCAGUAUAAAUGUCAAGUAUACUUUACCAAUAAGACAGGAGACACUAGAAUGCUAGAGAACAGAACUACGUCUUAUGAAAGAGAGAAAAUCAAGAAAUCUGUUUUGUUGAUGAAUUUGAAAGCUCAAACUUUGAACUACGUGAAAACUGUGGACACAAUGGCUGACUUUCUGAAAUCGUUUGAAGAUCCAGAAAAACUAAAAGAUGCAGACGUGUCAAUGUCCUUGCAGAUGGGUACAGUGACGACACGGCUCGGAUUCCAUCAUCUACAGAGUUAAACAACAGUAACAAACACAUCAGCUCUACUAAUGCUAUAGACGUGCUUGAUGCUAAGAUAAAUAACAUCACAGAACACAUGCAAACAGUGAAUGACAAACUUAGAUCAAUAGACGUGGUUGAUGCUAAGAUAAAUAACAUCACAGAAGAAAUGCAAACAGUGAAUGACAGACUUAGAGCAAUAGACGUGGUUGAUGCUAAGAUAAAUAACAUCACAGAAGAAAUGCAAACAG